GAUUAAGGAUAAUCAGCGAGAAGUUCCGAAUGGGACAAGUACUUAUCGGAAUAGUGGCGAUCAAAAAAGAACAAAAUGCUUCUUCAACGCGCAGUUAGACCUCUUUUCAGAAAACCAGUAGCACCAACUUUAGUAAGAUAUGAAGGAGAUUUUGCGAAGGCCAUUUGUUUACGAUGGGCAAAAUUUUGGGCCGUCUUUGGUGUAGUUGCAUUGCCAGCUAAUGCAAUUUUGUGGCGUAUGUGCUAUCAUACAAGCCCUGAAGAUCACUCACCUCCAGAAUUCAGAGAGUAUGAUCAUAUUAGAAUUAGAACGAAGCCAUUUCCUUUCAAAGAUGGUGAACAUUCACUCUUACAUAACGAGUAUGUAAACGCCUUGAAGAGCGGCUUUGAAAAAGAUUUUAAUGAUCUUCAUCAUUAAAUGCAGAGAUGUGAAACAAAAACAAUUUUUUUCGUUUGUGAAGGAGGUCAAAAGAGAAAAAAGAUAUUUAAUCACAAAGAAGAAUCAUUUAAAAUUAUAAUUUAUUCAUAUAGACCUGUUAGUGAAGACACCUGCAAGAAUUUAAAUAUUUUUAAGUAAAAUUUGAUAUUUGUAGACUUCCUCGUUUGAAUAAAUUUUGAUUGAAAAUUU